AUGGCCGUCAAAGAAUCCAUGUUGACAACGAAGCAAGUCUCCACGAUCGAUGCUGCUAGCGGCAAGCAGCGCGAGGCGAGCAAUGGUCGUUCAUCUCCAUCAGCCAGCGGCAAACCCGUCGUCAAUGUUUCGCCGGCCGAGGACGAGGAGCAGGCAACCGUGGAAUCGCGAAAAGCCAACGGGCCAUCCGCCGACAUCAGGACAUCUGCCUCGCCCUUACAAGCAGGCGACAAUGCCGUCACACCUGCGCAGGAACGCCUCAAAGCGGGCGCAGCAGCUCCGACUUCCCCUGCAACGCUCAAUAACCUGCUGGAACCCUUUACGAACAAGACGGAGGUGCCCGAAGGCAGUAGAGUGCUGAAAGAUGUUCCACAACAACCAGAGAAACCACUCGGCAUAUUAGAAUCCUGGAAAUAUCUGCCCUUUCUUGCUCAUCAAGCCUCUUCAAUCGCCACAGCCUUUGCGUCACAUCAUAUCUUCGGUCCGCCCAAGAAGUCAUGGGGAAUAGAGAUGACCAUCUUCACCACUAUCCUUCGAGAAGCGGCAGACUACUCCCAUCUGUCAAAUAUCAGACUGCUCCGGCAGAUGCUCGAUCUCGGCCAGAUAUUGCCGACACCAAAAGAUGGCAUUGUCACGCCUGUCAGCUUCAAGGUAAAGCGGAGAGGGCUCAAGGGCUUCCUGGCAGAGUCUGACGCGGCCGAAACUGGCACGAGAGAACUCAACGGCGAAUGGGUCAUCAACAAGCGACUGUGGAUGCGUAUGCAAGCCGAGUACCAUGGCGAUCCUCCAAAGCGUGGAGGACGGUCAGCCAGCAAGAGUAGCGCACCGAUGAACAAUGGCAGAUCAGCCUCUUUCUCAUCUACCGCAACCAAUGCCUCGCGAACUCAGACCAACGGCUCGCCUUCACGCUCACCGACUGCCAACGCGGAGAAGAACAGUCACAUCGGAAAGGAUAAAGUUAUAUUCUAUCUUCACGGCGGCGCUUACUUUGUCAUGAGCCCGGCCACGCAUCGUUUCUUGACAAUCGCUCUCAGUAAAUAUACCGAAUCGCGCAUCUUCGCGCUAGACUACCGACUCGCACCAGAGUGCAAGUUCCCCGGACAGCUACACGACGCCGUUGCUGGCUACUUCAGAUUGAUCUAUGAUCUCAAGAUACCCCCCGAAAAUAUCGUACUCGCAGGCGACUCAGCAGGCGGCGGCCUGACUGCCGCCUUGCUCUUGUACCUCCGCGACGAGGGCUACCCUCUCCCGUCAGGCGCAAUCCUCAUGAGCCCCUGGGUGGAUCUCACGCUGAGCUGUGCAAGCUGGGACACCAAUGCUCCAUUUGAUUAUCUACCAAGAUUCAAGCCAGACGGGCAUCUCAAUCCGGUCAAAUGUCUGCUUGGCGACCCGGAUCGAAUGAACAAAUAUGUCACACAUCCUUAUGUGUCGCCUCUAUUCGGCGACUUCACUGGACUACCACCUUUGCUAAUCCAAGGAGGCGACGCUGAAGUACUUCGCGACGAAGGCACAUUAUUGGCACAUAAAGCAAGCAUGGCCGGCGUGCAGGUCCAGCAUGAGCUUUACGAGGAUUGUCCGCACGUGCAUCAGGCAUUCCUCUUCCUCGAAGCGUCACGAGCUGCACUACAAUCCUGUCGACGCUUCAUCAGGCAUACCCUGUCUGCGCGUCGACCUCCAUCCAAUGUCGAUAGGUCUACAAUGGACGCCGAGCUCAUGUCAGAUGCUCGCAACGUCACACACAAUGCGCGGCUCGCGGCUAGAUCACUGCCCACAAGCCCCGCUAACAAUACGAUCAAGCUGCCUGCAGGCGAGCGGACCAGUGACUCUGAGAGCAGUGGCGAUGACAAGCUUGAGCUCUCGUAUCCGACGCCUCGCGAGGGCCAGUCUUCUAACCAAUCCUCGUCAGUCUCUGAGGGCUACGACGACUCGAGGGGCAGCACAGGCCUCCAAGGCGCGGUCGCAUCGCUCACGGCACAGCAGGAUCUAUCUCGCACGCCAUCUGGUGCUGCCGUACCUCGCGGCAGACCCAGCGGUCCCUCGACCGAGACUAGCGGCAGCUCAUCUACGAGCGAGUCUCUCUCGCGGUCAGGCCGGCCGAGCUUAUCCGGCCGCAUGCCGGCUUCAUCUCUCCUCAUGUCAAAGUCACAGCCGGGCACACCAGCGGGCCAUCCGGCUAUGGCACCGUUGACAACGUCACCCAGUUCGAGCCGCUUGAGUCGAUCUCGCUCGAUCACCGCUCAAUCUCCGGGUGUCUUCCUGCGAGAUGACAAUCUCGCGCACAUGGCUCAUGCGCGCAAUGCCUCUCACCCAGACUUGCGUGCGAUCAUCAGCGCUUAUGAGCAGAGCGGCGGCUCGCAGCAUACUUCGGUCUACAAAAGCACGUCGUUUGCAACGGACAAAGAUCUGCAACCUGGCGAGGAAGAUGGCUAUGAUGGCCAAGAUGAGGGUACAGGUCUAUGGCAGACAGGCAGGAACGUCGUGGCGUCCUACUUCGGCGGAUCGACGUCACCUAGCGCAGAUAGUAGAUAG